AAGCGCUUAUAAAUAAAAAGGUCAAGGUAGUUAAAAGGGGCGGACAAUGCAUUGAUGCUGAACUGUGUUUCAUUUUACAAAACAGAUUUAUUAUACAUUCAAAUCAAGUGGACUAUUUCAUAUGCUUCAAGCAAAUUAAAGAAACAGUAGGUCCGUGAAUCUGAAGGCUGCUAAAGAGUCGACAAGUCAGUUGAUAAUCCUUGAUUUAAAUGGUAGAAGGUUAUCUGGAUGUGAAACAAGGUCAAUUUUUAAAGAGACUUGCCAUAAUAUUAACACUUUGAUGGAGGCUAAUUACAAGGGAGACGCGACAGGUAUCGUUAAUUUCAGCAGGAGAUACCAGUAAGAAUCUACCUGAUGAGUAAAAAUUUGAAUAAUGAAUAAGGUAUCAUAUGGAUUAUAAUAUACCUGUGAAUGAAUAGGUUUUUAACAUGGAAAACUUGCCGAUAAUAAACACUUUUCAACGGAUAUAGUUCCUGUGCAUAUCACUUCGAUUUCGCUUUCAAAUACUUAAGUUGUCUGUUUCCAUAAUGAAAAGAAUAUAAACAAGAAUUGAUUUAGUUAUUUGAAAAAAAAAUAUAAGUCAAUACCUUGCAGUAAAUUUAUUUAAAAAUGGGGGCCGUCAAUAGCUGCUGCAUCCCCAAAAAUCGGGAUUAUGAUCACGACAACAAAAAACUUAAAAAACACAGAAGGAACUUAAGUGCAACUUUUAAUAUGUCUAUGAUGGAUGAAACUCAGCAAAACAUGAUCAACAUCAAUUAUGCAGCUGAAGAAGAACUGAUGACACUUCCUGGAAUAAACCGUGCAACGGCACAGAACAUCAUUGAGUAUAGAAAACAAAUUGGAGGAUUUAAGAAAGUUGAGGACUUGGCUCUUGUCUCAGGUGUUGGUGCUGCAAAAUUGAACACAAUAAGGAACGAAGUUUGUGUUUCAGUGAAAAGAAUGACAAGCACAACUGAGGGGAAUUCUGGGGGGAGUUCAUUAAGUGGAAGUAAUAAAGAUUUGGAAGUUUUUACAAAUGAUUCGGUGAAAAAGAAAAAUGGUAAUUCAAAAAUGAAUAUUAAUUCUUCCAAUGUUUUCCAGUUAAUGAAAAUUAAUGGUGUUGGACAAAGUCUUGCGGAGAAUAUAGUAACCUAUAGGGAUAAGAAAGGACCCUUUAAAUCUAUAGAUGACCUUGUGAAAGUGAAGGGCAUUGGAAACAGUAUAUUAAGUGCAAUAAGAUAUCAAGUCUGCUUGGAUGAUUCUGAGGACCAAACAUUCAUGAAUGGCAAUAUCACACAUAAAGAUGAUUCUAAUUCAAACUCAUCAUCUAUAAACACAACUACAUGUACAAACAGACAUUUAUCUGAGUCCACAGAAAAUAUGUUGGAUAUUUUAGAACCUAUCAUUAAAUCUUCUUCUAGACCAAAAGUGGCACCGUUUAAUUUUAAACAUAAAAACAAAGGUGUUGUGAGGAUAGCUAGUUGGAAUGUGGAACGAUUCGAUGAAGAAAAAGCUAAUAAUCCAGGAGUUAAAGAGGUCAUUUGUAUGACAAUUCUAGAAAAUGGAUUUGGUUUAAUUGCAUUUCAAGAGCUUGCUGAUGAGAAAGCAUUAGAAAAGAUAUGUGUAGAACUAAACACUCCAUCUUUACCAUGUACAAAGAAGUGGUCAGGUCGAGGUGGAAAAUGGAAGUUUGUAGUAUCAGAGGCUACUGGUAGGAUGUAUCAGAGUAAUGAAUAUAAUGGCUUCCUGUAUGAUGUUUCACAAGGGAUAACAUUAAAUCAUUCGGCAUUGCUGGAAAAACCUGAUAACUCUCCAAAACCAUUCACCAGAGCACCAUUUAUUGGAACUUUUAAGAUGAAGAAGUUUGAUUGUAUAGUUGUGAGCGUACAUAUGAAGGCUACAGGAUUAGCUAAUGAAGACUUGGACAGACUUCAGAAAGAAAUAGAUCAAGUACCACAACUGAUCAAAGCCAUUGAACAACAAUAUCCAGGGGAAGAAGAUAUUAUUAUGUUAGGGGAUUUCAACUUAGAUCCACAGAAAGAAGAUUUUGAUGUGAUGCGUAAGAAAGGUUAUGAAAAUUGUGUACCGGUAGGAGAAUAUACAAACAUCAGCAAUAACAACCUUAAAGGGAGUCAGACGUAUGACCAUAUAUGGUUAACAAGUAGCACUAAAAAGACAUUUUCAGGUUAUUCAGGUGUUGUAAGAGAGGGUCUGACAAGUCCUCUGAUACCUAAAGGCUGGGGAUGGGGAGGUGUUGUCAGUGACCAUUGUCCAGUAUGGACAGAGCUAUACAAAGGGAAAGAUUUCGAUACAGCAGAUUUAACCAUCACUCCAGAUGCCAUCAAAUUUACUCUUGAUGGUUGGGAUAUUAAUAGACGGAUUUCGCAUUACUUUGGAAAAUUUCAUUCAUGUUAUUGUUUAAAGAUGGGAAUAGUGAAUAGUUGUUUUGAUUCUGAAAGUCAGGGUGGUGAAGUUGAAGAGAAGGAGGUGAAACGUAACUACGAAGUUACUGACACUAUAUGUAUGAACAAACAUUUAUCUGAAUCCACGGAAAACAUUAUAAAUUUGUUAGAACCAAUAAUCACGAUCAUAAAAUCUUCCUCUAGACCACAAGUUGCACAGUUUAAUUUUAAACAUAAAAACAAAGGUGUUGUGAGGAUAGCUAGUUGGAAUGUGGAACGAUUUGACGAGGACAAAGCUAAUAACCCCGGAGUGAGAGAAGUUGUUUGUAUGACAAUUCUGGAAAAUGGGUUUGGUUUGGUUGCAUUUCAAGAGCUUGCAGAUAAAAUAUCAUUAGAAAAGAUAUGCGAGGAGCUCAAUACUCCAUCAUUGUCUUGUACAAAAAAAUGGCAUGGACAUCGUGGAGAAUGGAAGUUUGUGGUGUCUGAAGCCACUGGAAGGAUGUAUCGGAGUAAUGAAUAUAAUGGUUUCCUUUAUGACACUUCGCAAGGAAUAACCUUUAAUCAUUCUGAACUGCUGGAAAAGGCAAAAAAGGGACCGAAAGCAUUCACAAGGGCGCCAUUUAUUGGAACAUUUAAGAUUAAAAAAUUUGACUGUGUUAUAGUGAGUGUACAUCUAAAAGCGACAGGUUUAGGUAAUGAAGAUUUAAGCAGACUCCAAGAGGAGAUAGAUAAAGUUCCUGAACUGAUUGAUGCCAUUGAGCAACGGUAUCCGGGAGAGGAAGAUAUUAUCAUACUGGGAGAUUUUAAUUUAGAUCCACAAAAGGAAGAUUUUGACAUUUUACGGAAGAAAGAUUAUGACAACUGCCUUCCAGUGGGUGAAUUUACAAACAUAAGCAACAGCAAUCCUAAAGGCAGUCAAACUUAUGAUCAUAUGUGGAUAAGUAACGGCACAAGAAAGGCAUUUUCAGGCAAUUCCGGAGUCAUAAGGGGAAAUUUGACAAGUCCGUUGAUACCUAACGGCUGGUCAUGGGGAGGUGUUGUCAGUGACCACUGCCCGGUUUGGACAGAGCUAUACACAGGGAAAGACUAUGACUCAGCAGAUCUAAGUGUUAUUCCGGAUACUAAUUUUACUCUUUAAUAUUUAAUUUGAAGCAUAAAAUGAUAUGACAUCAGAUGAACAAGAUCUUACGAAAUAGAGUGUUGAUUCGAUUACUACGCUUUACGUGUGUUAUAUGGUAGGAAAACGAUAACCGUAAAUGAAUUUUAAAUAUCUCAUAUCUGAAUAUGUAUUAAGAAUUUUGCAAUACAUAUUUUAUUAUUA